UUAGAUUUAUGAAGUUCUGGAGAAGUCUGGAGAUAACUGUUUAGUAGUUCCAAGCUUUUGCUAAACCCUAAGUUCUAUUACGCUGAUCGAUCGGAAGGGACAGAGGAGAUACUGAGAGUGAGAGCGCGAGAAUUUAGGGUUUCUACCUGAAUUUGGUUGCGAGCCCGUGGAUUAGGAUUUUUUUAGUACACUUUAGAUAUUUAAGGCAAGUCCACUGAACCUUGUGGAUUAGGGUUAAGGUAAAGGAGUUGCAAUUUGGUUGAGAUGGAAACUAUUGUGGGAGGGAGGAUGAAGAGAAGGGCAGUGGGCGAGAUCUUUGAUGAUUUCACUGAUUUGUCGCUUUCUGCUCCUGCUACAAAGAUUCGGAGACUGGAUGCUGAAUUUCCCCCAUUCAUGGUAGAACGGCAGCAAGUAGUAGAAUCCAUGUUGGAUGUUGAACUGUCAGAAGCAGCGCCAAAUGCUGGGGUAACCAUGAAUGAGUCUUCUUUCCCUCCGGUAGGAAAUAAUGAGGAGAGAGCUCUUGUUCUAUAUAAGCCUGUGUAUUCCCAAUUAGAUCCCUUUUUGAACAUUAAUCCAGAACUGCUAACUGGUCUAAGGAGAUGCUCCGACAUAGUUCAAGAAAGCUUUGGCAAAGGCUAUCAUAAUAAUUGCUUAGCUGUGGUUCCUUGGGCUCCUUCUGAAUGUCAUCCAACUGCUACAAUGGUGGAACUCCCAACCUCGAGAAGCGGGCUGUUAGAAGAACCAAUGGAGAUUGAGGAUGAUCAAUCAGCCAAGUCAGGAAUUGAAUGUGAAAGCUUCCAUCAAUGGCAGAAACAUUGCUUGUUGCCUAAGCUGACACAGACUACUACAGCUAAAGCUUCUCCAAUAACCUAGUCGUGAUAUGAAAAUAUUGAAGAAAGAAACUCCAGAUUGAUACCAGAGUGGUUAAAAUUCUAGUGUUUUGGUUUUUUUUAUUUCCCCAUAGAUUGAAGAAAACGAUAGUGAUAUUGUUGCCCUCUGUUCUACUCCUGUUGUUUCUAUAUUGUGGUAGAGGAGGCGAAAUUAUAUUUUAAAGGAAGGCAGAUAUGGCUUAUAGAUUAUUUGAAAGGAAAUGGUCUUUCUUUGGCCUUUUUAUA